AUGGGCGCCGACGACGACGAGAAGCAUAUGCAAGGGCACAAGCACGAAUUCGCCCAUGAUAACCAUGAUGACUGGGAGACUCAACCUCCCUACACAAGACCUGAUGAAGCUACUGAGAAGCGAGAGAACUUUGAAAAGAAGGUUCAUGGCUCGUGCCACUGCGGUCGGGUGCAGUAUUGGCUUAACAGCGACAAGCCUCUUGCGUCGAAAUACUGCCAUUGCAUAGACUGCAAGAAGAUCCAUGGUGCUCCUUUCCAAUGGGCGGCUAUCUUCAAAAAGACAGACCUCUCCUUUGAGAACGGUGUCAAGAACCUUCGCUUCUACAAGACUUCGUCCAAGAAGAAUGAGCAUGUUCUUCCCUGCAAGGUCGGCUGUGCUGAGUGCGGAAGCUGGAUUAUGGAUGAGGGACGAAACAUGGUGCUUCUGUUCCCUACGCUCUUGAACCUGGACACGCCUCAGCUACGAGAGAACUUCCAGCCACAGUGCCACAUCUUCUACACUCAGAGAGUGGUUGACAUUCCCGAUGGGAAAGACAAGUGGACAAAGCUCGAUAAGGACAGCGAGCUUAUGAAGGACGUGAAGUAAGUCCGAACUUUUGUGUUGGGAAGCGGCGGCGUUAGGGUGAGGGAUUGAACUGAUGCGGAAAUCCGCCAGAGACGAAGGGUUGCGUAUGAAGACAUCGCGACUAUGAAUUCAAGAUACAUACGGGCUUAGUUACCCACUAAAACUAUUUUACCCAGCCUGAAUCCUCAGUGGUGCUGCUGUCCUUGUUCUCCUG